CGCACGCGUUGCUAUAAAACAACAUGGUGACCGCGGAUCAAAUUUUUGCUUCGAUUUGUUUGAAAAGUUCGUGAUAACUACUGGACAGUGGGCUUAGAGAAGACAUGGCUUGUGGGGGAGGAUCUUCCGUCAUGGUCGCAAAUCAGACCAUGAGAAUAAAACAGGGUUACAUCAGGAAAUAUGUCAAGGGCUGUUUCUCAAGCGGUUGGAAAAAGCAGUUUCUCGUCCUUCACCAAGAUGGCGAGCUUGUCUGGUACUCUGACCAGGGUGAAAGGAAGGCUAGUGGAGCAAUCAAACUAAAGGCUGUUUGUAACUUUAUGGCGAUUGGUCCAUUUACCCAGGCGAUUCCCAGCCGCCCUCCCCUUCCGGCGGGUGGUCAAACAAAACAUUUAUUGGCGAUACCACAAACAGCCGCUCGUGAUCCAAAACGGCUGCACUGGUUCAUAUUUCUUGAUGACCCAGAAUUAGCUGGAUGGAUGAAUAUGAUAAUGAAAGUUCUUCCACCUCCACCUGCGCCUCCCCAAAACUUCCAGAGACCUCCUGCAACAAAUCCAAAUGCUCCUGUAGAAAUGCAAGAUGUUAAAACUCCAAUCCCAGAGAUUUCUGAACCUCCGCCUCCAUAUUCAGAGGCUCCUGAACCCUCAGUCCCAGAAGCAGUGCCUCUGUUAGCCAAUGCUCCACAGGCUCCGGGACAACCUCCUCCAAUAGGUUUUGCACCACAUGUUCUCCCUCAGGGUGGUCCCCCACAACAAGCAGGCUACCAGCAACAGGGCGGCUACCCUCAACAACAGGGUGGCUACCCUCAACAACAACAACGGGGCGGUUAUCCACAACAGCAGUACCGAGGUCAACAGCAACGUGGCAAUACCACAGUCGUUGUUCAAGGCGGUGGUGGUGGUGGUGGUUAUGGAGGUGGUGAUGGGUUUGCCACAGGUAUGCUUUUAGGAGCUGGUUUGUCAGGGUGGGGUUGGGGAUGGGGAUGGGGCUGGGGUGGCCCUGGGUGGUACUCUGGUCAUUAUGGAGGCUAUGGCGGUGGCAUGGACGUGCACAACCACUACGAAAUAAAUGAGACAAAUAUAGAAAACACAAAUAUCAACGAAACAAAUAUUACAGAAAAUAACGAGUUCAAUGGCGACGCUGGUGGGGCUGGUUACGGAGGAUAUGAUCCAAAUGAUUAUAACCAGACUGGUGAUCAGGGCCUCGACCAAGGAGGUUAUGCAGAUCAGGGAGGUUUUGAUCAAGGCGGUUAUGCAGAUCAGGGAGGUUUUGAUCAGGGUGGUUAUGCAGAUCAGGGAGGUUUUGAUCAGGGUGGUUAUGUUGAUCAGGGUGGUUUUGAUGGUGGCUAUGAUGGUGGCUAUGAUGGCGGUGGUUACGAUGGUGGUUUUGAUGGGGGCUAUGACGGCGGCGACUUUGGUGGGGAUGAUUUUGGCGGUGACUUUGGAGGAGGAGACUUUGGCGGAGAUUUCUAACCACCUAGCGAAAGGAUAGAACAUUUCGUGAUGGCAAGACUCAACUGGGAAAUUGAGGAUCCCAAUAGGACUUGCAACUUGUUACUUGAGGGUUCAAGCCUUCAAACUAUUCACUGCUGAUUUCUAUGCAGCACCCACAGGCAAAGCGCUUCUCUACUCAAGAAGAAGCUUUACCUCUAGACAAAAUAAUCGUAAAUACAUUAGUGUGUUCUGCAGAUCACAAGACCAUCGUUUGGAGUGAUUGGUCUUGUAACUUAAAUGACCUGGCUUAAAUUCAUCUUGACCUGUUUACUCUGACUGAUAAUUUUUGUGUACAAUGAACAUUGCAGAAAUUAAUUGUCAUUUUGUUUUCAUCAAUCAUCAGUACUCCUAGCACAAUUCUGUUGUCACAGGUUGGAUAAGCUGGUGGUGCAUUUUUCUCUAAAUCAUGCUUGAAGAACUUUAUUACUAGAUGAACAUAUUAUGCAGAAGGGUUUUCACGAUUUCUUUAUUUGGUGUACAAAUGGGUUGUUUUUUUACUACAUCUGACCUUGAAGUAACUAGCUGGUGAAGCUUAUUACUUCAAGAUCCGACAAAAGCCAGCUUCCCCACUUGUCAGUGCAUCUACCAUACUGCCAAUGCUUGAAAUGAUUGGAAGUUUCCAAUGCAGGACUGAAGUGUUUCAAAAAGCAUUUUUUUCUCCUGCUCAGCUUUUUAGCUGUGAGAUGGAGGCACCGAGUGCUGGAGAAAUGGCCACUUUGUUGGAAGGAGUCUUCAGACAAUUAGCAUGCUCACAGAUAUAAUGAUAAAAGACAUCUGUAUUUCAUUUCAUCGGUGUCCCAAUCACAUGUAGUGAUCAAAAUAAUUAAAUGAAUUUGGUGAAAUGGAUUGUAUUUAAUACACAUUAUGUCAAGUGUUCAAUUUAGAUCAGUACUGUUAUACUUCAAUAAUCUUUUAAAAAAUUCAUCCACCUACCAU